AUGAAGAACAUCAGAUCUUCAGUUGUUGUUAGUAUCAUUGCAAUAAUUUUGUUGUUGGUCGUUACAGAACAAGUGAACGCAUUCACCAUUGUUGGUGACUGUUUUGGACCCUGCACUGACGCUUGUGAACAAAUUUGCAAGUCGAAAGGUUAUAAAGACUGGUUUUGUGGAUCUUUUAAAGACAAGACUGGUUGUUGCUGCAAACCACCAAAGAACCAAAGCUUUGGGCAAUCCGUUAAAAUGAACAACUAA